AUGAACAUUAAAAACGUGGUUAUUGUAUUUUCUUUAUUAUAUAAGGGUAUUGUUUGUGAAGAUGAUUAUGAAGAUUUACCAAAUAUUGAAAUUUCAACUGGAUUUCUUGAAGCUGGUUAUCGUAGUUUAUCUUUUAAAGGAACAACAUUUACAGCAUUUGAAGGAAUUCCAUAUGCAAGACCACCAGUUGGAGAACUAAGAUUUCAACCACCUGAAGAGCCUUAUAAUUGGACAGGAAUAUGGAAAGCCAAUACAAAAUAUUCUUGUAUCCCAUUUAUGAAAGGUGGAUUUUAUUCAAAUUUCCUAGAUUCAGAGGAUUGUCUAUAUUUAAACGUUUACGUUCCGAGUUAUGAGCCAAAUGCAGAAAAUAAUUUUGAUGUCGUCGUUCAUUUACAUAGUGGUGCUUUCACCGUUGGGCAUCCACAUUUUGCAAGUGGGCCGAAAUUUUUAUUAGAUGAAGAUCAUAUCAUUUUCGUUACAUUAAAUUAUCGACUCGGUCCGUUAGGAUUUUUAAGCACCGAAGACGAAAUAAUACCUGGAAAUAAUGGCUUGAAAGAUCAAGUUUUAGCAUUAAAAUGGAUACAAAAAAAUAUAAAAUAUUUCGGGGGAAACCCCGAUUCUGUUACGAUUACUGGUUCAUUUUCAGGUGGGGCAAGCGUUCAUUAUCAUUAUUUAUCUUCUCUUUCUAAAGAUCUAUUUCAUCGUGGGUACUCAGGAAGUGGUACAGCUUUAGAUCCUUGGGCUUUGCAAGAUGCACCUCUAGUAAAAGCGAAACGACUCGCUGUUUUAUUAGGUUGUAACCCGGUUACAUCCCAAGAUAUAUUAAACUGUGUUAUGCAGAGAUCGACUCAAGCUAUUGUGGAAGCAACCCAAAAUUUUUUCGAAAAAGGGAUGCCUUUUUCGCCGUUUGGACCCGUUAUAGAAGUAGAACAUAAAAAUGCUUUUUUAAGCAAACAUCCUUAUCAACUAUUAAAAGAUGGCCCUAUUCAAGAUUUGCCGUGGAUCGUUGUUUUAAAUAAGGAUGAAGGAAUAUUUCCUGCUGGGCCAUACUAUCAAAAUAUUAAAAACAUCGAUGAAGAUUGGGUAACUUUUGCACCACAUUUACUGGAUUAUAAUUAUACAAUUUCUUACGAUAAGCGAAACGAGAUUUCAAAAAAAGUCAAAGAAUUUUAUUUUGGUGAUAAAUCAGUUUCGUUCAAAAAAUUAGUUAAAGCUUGUAGUCAUCGGCAUUUUUUUAUGGGAGCCGAACUCUCGGAGAUUUUUCUUAUUCGAGCUUAUUUAACGUACCAGUAAAAGAUGCUGGGGUGGCUA